CUCUAGUUCCUAUACGCUCUAUGGCUUCACCGCCAGGCCCCUCCAACCGCUCCAGUUCCUAUGCACGUUCUAUGGUUUCACGGAGCUUAGCGAGGAUGACACAAUAAGCAAGCGGGAUAUCGUGAGAUAGUUUUUCUCAAGAAAAAGGGGGAAAAAGGAAGGAAAAAAAAACACGGUUGCCCUCUGGGGCAAAAUAUUAACUACAAAGAAAAGCAUGCCAGGCUCCAUCAAGCUACCCAUUACAGUGAAAACUGAAAUCAAUGUGAUUCUUCUCAUCAUAACUGCUCUGGGACUGGUGACAAGAAUGUAUGGGAUUAAUUUCCCCAACGCUGUUGUGUUUGAUGAAGUCUACUAUGGCCAGUUUGUAUCACUUUACAUGAAGCAGGUUUUCUUCAUUGACGAAAGUGGCCCACCAUUUGGUCACAUGAUCCUAGCAUUGGGAGCUUACCUGGGAGGAUUUGAUGGAAACUUUGUCUGGAACAGAAUUGGAGCAGAAUACACCUGCAAUAUUACAGUCUGGAGUCUGAGGGUGAUACCAGCUAUGGCGGGGGCACUCUGUGUACCCCUUGGCUAUCUUCUAAUGGUGGAACUGAGAUGUUCCCAUUAUACAGCACUAGGGGCUUCCCUUCUCCUCCUCAUGGAAAACUCCCUGAUUGCUCAGUCUCGAUUUAUGUUGCUGGAAUCAGUGCUUAUCUUCUUUUUACUUCUUGCAAUCAUGUCCUAUCUGAGAUUUCACAAUGCUCAGAGAUUGAGCUCUCCACACAAGUGGGCAUGGUUAGUGCUCUCUGGGAUCUCAUGUGCUUGUGCAGUAGGGCAGAAAUACACUGGGUACACUGUUUAUUUUUUGCUUCAUAGAGCUUUAGUAGCCACCUGGGAAUUGCUUAAUAAAAAAACAUUGAAGCAUGAGAUGCUGAUGUUUAAAGUAUUGGCCCGUUCUCUGGCACUCCUGGUGUUACCUGUGUUGCUAUACCUUGGAUUUUUCUAUGCUCACCUCAGCCUCCUGUACCACAGUGGACCCCAUGAUCAGAUGAUGAGCAGCGCUUUUCAAGCCAGUCUGCAGGGUGGCCUGGCAAGGAUCACACAAGGCCAGCCACUGGAGGUGGCAUAUGGCUCCCAGGUGACACUACGCAGCAAAUCAAGCAAACCUGUCCCAUGCUGGCUGCACUCCCACAAGGCCAACUAUCCCAUCAGGUAUGAAAAUGGGCGCGGUAGCUCCCAUCAACAGCAGGUCACCUGCUACCCCUUCAAAGAUGUCAAUAACUGGUGGAUUGUCAAAGAUCCAGGCAGACAGGACUUGGUGGUUAGUAAGCCACCCCGGCUCAUUAGACAUGGCGACAUUGUACAGCUGCUGCAUGGCAUGACAUCACGCUUCCUGAACACGCAUGAUGUUGCAGCUGCCAUGAGCCCUCACUCUCAGGAAGUGUCUGGGUAUAUUGACUUCAACGUAUCAAUGCCCGCCCAGAACCUGUGGAAAGUGGAAAUUGUCAACAGGGAGUCAAACAAAGAAGUGUGGAAGACCAUUCUGUCAGAGGUGCAGCUGGUACAUGUGAACACCUCCGCUGUGCUGAAGCUCAGCGGGUCCUCUCUGCCAGAUUGGGGUUUCAGGCAGCUGGAGGUGGUUGGAGAUAAGACCUGCAAGGUCUAUCAGCAAAGUGGAAUAUGGAAUGUAGAGGAACAUCGCUAUGGAACAAGCCAGGAACAGAAGGAGAGGGAGCUGGAGCUGCACUCACCCACACACAUUCACUUUAGCCAGAACCUCACUUUCAUGGCCAAGUUCAUGGAACUACAGUGGAAGAUGCUGAGUGUGAAGGCUGAAGUGUAUGAACACAAGUACAGCUCCUCUCCUACAGAAUGGGUGAUGAUGGAUACCAACAUUGCAUACUGGCUCCACCCUUCCAGCAAUGCACAGAUCCACUUGAUUGGGAAUAUUGUCACAUGGACUCUAGCCACUGUAGGCCUGGCAGUGUUUGCUUCUUUGUUCCUCUGGCAUCUGCUAAGACAGCAAAGGAAGAUAGAGGACAUUCCUGAAGCAAGAUGGAGGCAGUUGACUCAAGUGGGUGUGGUAUGUGGUGGGGGUUGGGCAGUCAAUUACCUGCCCUUCUUCAUAAUGGAGAAGACUCUCUUUCUAUACCACUACUUACCAGCACUCAUCUUCAAGAUUCUGCUGCUCUCUGCUGUCUUAGAACAUCUGCAUGCACACAUCUUAAGAUAUCCCUCUCACCGUUGUGCCCUUGAUGGAAUAUUGAUGGCAGGACUUUUCUCAAUAUACCUCUCCUACCGAGCCCUGAGCCCCCUCACCUAUGGACAGCCAGAGUUAAGUUCUGAAGACCUGGCCUCACUGCACUGGAAAGACACUUGGGACAUCCUGCUGCGCAAACACUGACUCUGCCUCUCAGAACGGAGAGAACACUGGAAACUUUGAGUCUGAAGCUUAGCCAUUGAUUCACACGUUAAUUUGGACAACUGUGGUUUCUGAAAAAAAAAAAGAUUUACUGUGUAUUCAUGCAAAUGCCUAUUUAUGACUACAAAUUAAAUGGUAGUUUAUCAAGUCUCUUCCUUAAACAAAAAUAGAUAUCGUCAGCUAUUUUGUUUUCCUGGGUAAUGCAUUCUUAUUUUUCUAACAUAAUGGAAACAAAGAUACAUAUUGGGAUGGCAGGUAUGCCAUCCCGCCAAGUUACAUCUUAGCGGGGCAGCAUGCCCUAUACCUAUAAAGCAAAGAGAGUUUGCCACUUUUCUGGUUUUCCUACAGAAAUAACCAAAAUGAUCACAAACUCUCAGCCCUUAAAAACAUUAAUUUCUGUACCUUAUCACCCCAUUUCAAGAGACAGAAUUCACAAACAACUUCACAUAUCCACACAAUAAAGCCCCAAACUUAUAACCAAACUAGAAGAGUGCACUAAGUAGAGUGUAGAUCUCCGCCAGGCGUGUUAGCUUUGUUGAUGCAACCAGACAAAUACAAUAUUACAAGUUUUUACCAUGUGCCACUGAAAAUCCCAAAAACGGUGAUUCAGUGAAGUAACGCUAAAGGUGGUGACAUGUUAGCUAGUUUCAAUCAUAUCAGCCACGACGUUUUAGACAGAGCUAACGUUGACGUUAUAGUCUGCCACUUUCGUUUCAAAUCUGGUCAGGAACAAUCUGGACUGGAGCAAUUCCAAAAGACCAGCAAUGUAAAAUAUCAAUUUCAAUGUGAAAAUGGCAACAAAAUAAUUGCCACAGAUUCAAACAUUAACGUACCCCAUUAGUUGGCGGAUUAUUUUGUUGGCAUUUUAAUGUUGAAAUUGACAUUUUACAUCGCUGGUCUUUCAUUCCAAAUGGAAGCAGUUGUUGAUCACUUGCGGCCCCUACCAGCCGGUUAGGAGGAGUGAGGAGUUAGCACACAAUGUAUUUCAAUGGACGAUGAUGGAAAUUAAUUUAAAUAAAAUACU